AAUUGCACCGUUGCUUAGUUAUACAGCAACUAUGAGCUGAAUCGAACUGUUGUGGAAAAUGAGCGGCUCCGCGUACAAGCGCGUUACACUGUGCAAGAUUUCGUUCCUCGCGGUUCUGGUGCUAGUACACGCUAAAGAGGGAUGUGUGUGUAGUGAGAAAGCUAAAUGCCACUGCGAUGGAAUCAAAGGAAACAAGGGUUCUAUGGGACUCCCAGGAUUACCAGGACCCAAAGGGUCGCCGGGACUUUCUGGAAAGCCAGGAUUGUAUGGUUCUCCUGGACUGCCUGGAUUUCCAGGUAAUGAGGGUCCCAUGGGGGCAUCUGGUGCCCCAGGAUGUAAUGGCACAAAGGCCUAA